AUGGGCUUCACCGGCGUCUCUUUCUACGUGGACUGGAGCCUUGUUGAAGCGAACGCGGGACAUGUGAUUACCAACGGGAUAUGGAGUUUGGACAAAUUCUUCGAUGCCGCAAGCCAAGCUGGGUUAUACCUCAUCGCUCGACCGGGGCCGUAUAUUAAUGCAGAAACCACUGGUGGUGGGAUACCUGGAUGGGUUUUACGAAAGAAAGCGGUUAUCCGGUCUGAUGACCCCGAAUACUUGAAUGCGACAGCAAAUUACGUGUCGACGCUGGGUGAGAUCAUUGAAAGGGCGCAGAUCACACAUGGUGGUCCGGUCAUCAUGGUUCAGCCAGAGAACGAGUACUCUACAUGGCCUGGAGUGACUGAUUUCCCGAAUGACAUGAAUCGGAAUUAUAUGGCAUACGUUGAACAUCAGCUACUUGAUCAAGGUAUUACUGUUCCUUCAAUCGUGAAUGACAAUUUGGUUGAGGGAUACUUCGCGCCGGGGUCAGGGCAAGGUGCAGUCAAUAUCUACGCUAUAGAUUCAUACCCAAUGCGCUAUGACUGCGCAAAUCCCAAUGUUUGGCCUACUUACAGGUUUCCAUAUGAUUGGCAAGUCACGCACGAACGGCAGAGUCCAACAACGCCCUUUUCCAUUGCUGAGUUCCAGGGGGGCUCUGGCGAGGGAUGGGGAGGCGUGGUUCAGAACAUGUGCGGCCAAUUAGUCAAUGAAGAGGCCGCCAGAGUUGUGUACAAGAACAACUACAGUUUUGGUGUAAAAAUCUUCAACAUCUACAUGACUUUCGGUGGAACCAACUGGGGUAACCUCGGCUAUAUGGGCGGGCACACAUCAUACGAUUACGGUGCAGCUAUCACGGAAGAGAGGGCAAUCUGGCGUGAAAAAUAUAGCGAACAGAAACUUGAGGCGAAUUUUCUCAAAGUUUCUCCUGCUUAUCUGACGGCAACUCCCCGUCUUGGAGUAAAUGGUACCUACGGCGCACCCCCCUCGAUAGCUGUGACUGCUCUCCUUGGAAAUGGCACGCAGACAAAUUUCUAUGUUGUUAGACAUGCCGACUUCACUUCAACCGGCAGCACUCAGUACACUCUCACACUGUCGACAAGCAUUGGGCACGUCGAAAUUCCCCAGCUGGGAGGCUACCUGAUGCUGAACGGACGUGAUUCUAAAUUCCACGUCACAGAUUAUGAUAUUGGCGGCAUCAAUCUGAUCUACUCCUCUGCAGAAAUCUUUACAUGGGCGCGUGGAUCAGGUUCAGCUCGUGUGUUAAUUCUAUACGGAGGUGCUGGAGAAACACAUGAGUUUGCUCUGCCUAGUCAUCUUGGAAAGCCGACCGUCCUCGAGGGACAGGGCCACGAAAUCAAACAGCGCGGAUCUGCUUGGUUGGUACAGUGGCAUGUUACACCAGCCCGAGGCAUCAUUCGCGUAGCAGAUCUUCAGGUAUAUCUGCUCUGGCGGAACGAGGCAUACAAUUACUGGGUGAUGGAAUUGCCGGAAUCAAGUCCGAUUGGAAACUUCUCAUCGCCAUCAAAGAGCCUGGUAGUUGUGAAGGCCGGAUACCUUGUCCGCACGGCUGAUCUGAUAAACAAGCAGUUGCGACUGACAGGAGACGUCAAUGCCACAACAGAAAUCGAGAUAAUCUCCAGCCCAGCUACUAAACUUAAAGGCAUCACCUUUAAUGGAGAAGUGUUACAAACAUCACAAACGUCCAAUGGGAACCUCUGGGGAACUGUUAAAUACGACCCUCCGAAAUUGGACAUUCCCGACUUGUCCAACCUGGAAUGGAAGUCUAUUGAUUCUCUUCCUGAGAUUAAGACCUCGUACGACGACUCAGCUUGGACACCCUGCACACGAACCUCAACACACAAUCCACGGCAGCUGGACACUCCGGAUAAUCUGUAUUCCAUGGACUACGGAUAUCACACAGGGUCCUUGUUAUACCGUGGUCAUUUUAACGCCAAUGGCCAAGAAUCCAAUGUGUGGUUAAACGUAUCGGGUGGGCUAGGAUUUGGACAUUCCGUGUGGUUGAAUACCACAUUCCUUGGCUCAUGGGUCGGGUCGAGUGCCAACUCCUCAGUUGUUCACAACAUGUCGCUACCAUCCGUCUUGUCGCACGGAAGCCCGUAUGUAAUCACGGUUCUCAUUGAUCACAUGGGCCAGGAUGAGGAGGCCCCUGGCACUGAUGCAAUUAAGUUUCCACGAGGAAUUUUGAAUUAUGAGAUUUCGGGUCACACCCAAUCCGAAGUGUCCUGGAGAUUAACGGGUAAUCUUGGGGGAGAGCAGUAUCAGGAUCUCAUCCGUGGUCCUCUCAAUGAAGGUGGCAUGUAUGCUGAGAGACAAGGUUACCAUUAUCCAAAUCUGCCAAGCUCGAAAUGGGUACUGUCAAACCCAGUCACAGAUGGCUUACCGCACGCAGGUGUUGGAUUUUAUGCCGCAUCCUUCCAGUUAGACCUCCCUAGUGGAUGGGAUGUCCCAAUGAGCGUGGUGUUCAACAACUCAAUUCAGAAGAAUACUGAGGGAAACACCCAAGGCAAAAAUUACAGAUGUCAGCUGUUCGUCAACGGAUAUCAAUUCGGAAAAUACAUCAACAACCUCGGCCCCCAAACGGCUUUCCCCGUCCCAGAGGGUAUUCUCAACCACGGAGGGAACAAUCACAUAAGCUUGACAUUGUGGGCCCAGGAUAAGCAGGGUGCAAAACUGGAAGGGUUGAAAUUGGUUCCCACUUCCGUCAUUCGGUCAGGCUACAGCAGACCUCAGGCCGCCCCGCAGCCCGCCUGGAAGAAGCGAGCACAGUCAUACUAG